AUGAAGGUGAAAGCUGACAGAGAUGAGUCCUCACCUUAUGCUGCUCAAGAUGUCGCUCAGCGUUGCAAGGAACUUGGAAUCACUGCGAUGCAUGUGAAGCUCCGUGCCACUGGUGGUAACAAGACCAAGACCCCUGGCCCUGGUGCUCAGUCUGCACUCAGAGCCCUUGCCCAUUCUGGCAUGAAGAUUGGUCGCAUGCAUUGGUAA